AGUCAAUGUCAGCUUCAAGUUUCAUAAAUGCUUUGCGCCGCUUCUUGGCUGUCAGAGGCCCAGUUCAACAUCUACGUUCAGACAGAGGGACAAACUUCAUCGGUGCCUGUGGGGAACUACAAAUCAACACAGAGGACGCAGAGAUAAAAAACUUCAUGCAAGAUCGAGGCUGCACCUGGUCAUUUAAUGCACCACACUCAUCGCACAUGGGAGGAGCAUGGAAAAGGAUGGUUGGGAUCGCACGCCGUAUCCUCGACGGCCUCCUGUUGAAAGAAAGUGCCACAAGACUCACACAUGAAGUUCUGACUACACUAAUGGCUGAAGUCAUGGCCAUCAUGAACUCUCGACCUUUGACCCCUGUCUCAACAGACGCAGAAAUGCCUCAAGUUCUCUCACCUGCAAUGCUGUUGACUCAAAAAGCCAGUGUUGCACCUGCUCCACCAGGAGACUUUAAGAUCGACCACCUACACAAAAGCCAGUGGCGUCAGGUCCAGAGCCUAGCAGACUGCUUCUGGAGAAGAUGGAGGCAGGAGUACUUGACCACGCUGCAGCCUAGGAGGAAGUGGACUGAGGCCAGACCUAAUCUUCAGGAAGGUGAUGUCGUCCUGCUUAAAGACUGUCAGGUGAAGCGCAAUGAAUGGCCGGUUGGGCUCAUCACGAAGACCAUGCCAAGCAGUGACAACAGAGUUCGUAAGGUCAUGGUGAAGACUGCCAAACAAGGGACUGUAAAAGAGUACUUAAGACCUAUUAAUGAGUUAGUUGUACUUCUUCCCAAGGUUGGUAAUUAAUGGGAGAAUAAUAAUAUAGUGGCAUAAUAGUUAUUAUGCCAGACGGGGAGUGUUCUGUUCAAGAAAUGUCAAUGUGUAUUCAAUUGUAUUGAGACUGUUUUGUUAGGCUGCACUACACUAAUUGUGGUGCAAUGGCGACGCCUAGUGGCGAAAGAGAGAUACUGUUUUUGGAUGACGUUACUGUAUAAGUAGAUGAAGUUUAGUUUCAACAUGUUUUAAACGGAUAAGUACCAACGGCUGUUCUGAAUAUCGGAUCCUCGGAGGAAUACGUCCUUUUACGAUGAAAGAAUUGGAUUUCAAUAAAUCUCAAGAAGAUAAACCAGCCUGAUUCUUUGCCGUUCGCUAUCUGUCUAUGGCCAUUGUAGACACAACUGCUA